AUGCCACUCAAGAGACUAGCACCAUCCUCUUCCGCACCCAAGUCUAAAAAGCAAAAAAUACAAACUGAAUCUUCGUUAGAAGGCAUUUCAUUACAGCCUGAUAAAAGCUACUUUACUCGAAAGUGUAAGAUAUCCUCCUUUUUAAAUCAAGGCUAUAAAGAGUACCGACAAAUUCUGAGAGUUUUGGCAGAAGAAUUCUUGUUAUUACGUGCGUAUGCAAUGAAUUUAAGGUUACUUAUUAUAAGUAACUGGAUUGAAAAAGGCUGUAAAAAAGAUCAGUUUCCGUCUGUAGCAACACAAAAAUUCUGGACACAUUGUUAUAGAAAAGUUGCACAAGAUCCUAAUGACCUAAACAGUCGAAUUAUGUUUCUAUACACGCAACAAGAAACAGCCUUUUUGGGUUUUCUGAGGAACGCAAAGGAAGAACAAAAUAGUACAUACAACGAAAGGCCCACUGCUAAUAAAACAGCGGAUAGCGUAAUACAAUAUGAGAAGUUUGAAUAUUUGGAUAUCCAAAUAGACAGUUUUGAACAAUAUUACACAUAUGCUCAUAGCAAAUAUUGCACUUCCACACUGGACUGA